CGAAGAAUUUACAACAACCACCGCGGCAGUUAAAAUACCGUCGUCCGGUUGCUCAACUGUACUGGCAGUGGGAGAUGCUCAACUGCAAUUGGCCGGCGAGAUGAACGGAAAAACGUUGAUGGAGGUCGGAGACGACGGCGUCGCCGUUAUCACCAUCAACAAUCCACCUCUCAAUUUACUCUCAGUUAACGUGUUACUCAGCUUAAAAAGGAGCGUAGAGGAAGCCGUACAGAGAGAUGAUGUGAAAGCAAUAGUUUUGAUUGGUUCCGAAGGAUAUUUCUCGGCAGGCUUUGACGUGACGGCCUUUGGUGUAAGCCAAGGGAAAAAGAGGGUUCAUUUCAAAACAGAAAGGAAGGACCUUGGCUUCAUGUCUUUAGAAUUUGUCACUGACACUUUGGAAGCUGCAAGCAAGCCUUUAGUUGCUGCUGUGGAAGGCCUAGCUUUAGGUGGUGGACUUGAGAUUGCACUUGCCUGCCAUGCCCGCAUAUCAACUUCUGCAGCAAAAUUGGGUCUUCCAGAACUUCAGUAUGGGAUUCUUCCUGGACUUGGAGGAACACAGCGGCUUCCUCGCUUGGUUGGCCUUUCUAAGGCUCUUGAUAUGAUAUUGAUGUCAAAGCGAAUAGAUGGAGAGGAAGCUCUAACUGCAGGCCUCGUUGAUGCUGUAGCUCCAGCUGAUAGGUUGCUUGGAACAGCUCGUCAGUGGGCCUUGGAUAUACUAGAGUCUCGAAGACCACAAAUGAUUAGUCUUUACAGGACUGACAAGUUAGUGCCCCUUGCAAAAGCGAGGAUAAUACUCAAGUCCGCUAGAGAUCAGAUCCAGAAACUAAGCCCAAGUCUUACUCACCUUUCAGUUUGCAUUGAUGUUAUUGAACACGGCAUAGUUUGUGGUCCUCGUGAUGGAUUAUGGAAGGAAGCAGAAGCUUUAUAUGAACUUAGGCAAUCUAAUACUUGCAGAAGCUUGGUCCAUAUAUUCUUUGCUCAACGUGAAACCUCAAAGCUUCCCGGGGUCACCAAUAUAGGCUUAUCACCGAGGAACAUUGGCAAUAUUGCAGUAAUUGGCGGGGGGUUGAUAGGCUCUGGUAUAGCAACAGUGUUGGUUCUGAAUAAUUUUCGUGUAGUCCUGAAAGAAGAAACUGAGGCUUCUCUGCAGAAUGGGAUUGGCAGGGUCAAAGCCAAUCUGGAAAGCCAUGUCAACAAGGGAAAGACGACUCGGGAGCAGUUCAAGAAAACCUUUUCUCUUAUAAAGGGUGUCCUAAGUUAUGAGGGUUUCAAAGACAUGGAUCUAGUCAUUGAGGCAAUGCCCGGUAUCCCUUCCUCAAAGGAGAGAAUUUUUGCUGAUCUAGAAAAACAUUGUUCUCAUGAUUGCAUAUUUGCCUCCAGCAGCAGUGUAAAUUUGAAUUUGAUUGUUCAAACAAGAUUACACAAUCGGAUAGUAGGGUUCCACUUGUUCAGCCCCCUUCCUGUUUUUUCUCUCCUGGAAAGUGUCCGUACAGAAAAGACAUCAUCUCAAGCAAUUGUUAACCUAUUAAAUUUUGGGCGGAAGAUUAGAAAAACUCCUGUAGUUUUCAGAAAUUUCUCAGGUUCUGUAGUCAAUCGCAUGCUGGUCCCAUACUUUCAAGCAGCAUUUCUUCUUGCUGAACAUGGUGCAGAUGUGUACCAGAUUGAUAGUGCCAUUGCUAGCUUUGGGAUGCAACUUGGCCCAUUCAGAAUGAUUGAUCUGAUUGGUUUUCAGACUGCUAUUGGGACCAUCACAAAAUUUGUAGAAAAUUUCCCAGAUAGAUCCUACAAAUCAUUGCUGAUACCAGUCAUGCUAAAAGAUAACUAUGAAGGUGAAUCUACUGGCAAGGGUUUUUAUCUGUACGAUGACAAGGGAAGGAACCAGCCAAAUCCAUUGAUCCUGAAGUGUAUUAAGGAGGCUAGGAAUCUCUCUGGUGUCAACAUUAACUUGGAGGUGAAACGAUUGGCUGAUGAAGAAAUACUUGAGAUGAUACUGUUCCCCAUUGUCAAUGAAGCGUGCCACAUCAUUUCAGAGGGAAUUGCAGAUAAAGCAUCUGAUCUUGACGUUGCCUCUGUUAUGGGCAUGGGAUUCCCGGCAUACAGGGGAGGGGUCAUCUUCUGGUCUGAUAUUAUUGGCUCCAAACAUAUUUGUUCAAGAUUGGAUGAUUGGUCAAGGAAGUAUGGGAACUUUUACAGACCCUCUGCCUACUUAAUGGAGCAAGCAUCUAAGCAAGGUUCCUUGGGUGCAGGGAAUCAGCAGAUGUCAAAAUCAAGAUCACAGUUGUAAUUGCAUCUCCAAUGUUAAAGGAGUUUUCUCCUUCCACAUCAUCUCAACAGUCCGUCACUUUCUGGGCACAGCACGCUGCACUUUUCAUCGUCUUCUUACUCAGAUGGAGGAGUUUUCUCCCCCAUCGGAGAUGCCCGAACUACUAGGCUGGCCAAGUUCUUGAAGUUGUGAUCUUAAGGCCAUGUAAUGAGAAGAGAGUUGGGAACAUCAUAUCACAAAGGCUAUGCUGUGGAAUGUGGAGAAAGCCAUAUGCAAGGUAGUGUCAGUUUGAACUGGUAGAACCCACCCACCUGAGUUGUGCACAUUAAUAUAAGCACCCUUGUAAAAAAAAUGAUGUUUUGGAUGAAAGGGUAGCCGGCAUUUUCUAUAUGCUAAACAAAUGUGUUUCAUAAGCUUGGUUCUCUUAUAAUGAUACUGUUAAAUGUUGCAGAUAUUUUAAGAUU